AUGUUAGCAUGUGUCCUUUUAAGCGAACAGAUAUACUGUUACGGUGGAGGCAUGUACGUCGCCGGUCGCAACGUCAGCACCACACUAUCGGACCAUUAUAGACUCGAUAUAUCCAAGAAUUUACAUAUUCCCCGCACAUGGUCCGACUGGGAAGUGGUGAAUCCUGGAAACACCAGUUUCCAACUGGAGCCCAACAUGUUGUUUUCAACCACUGUGCUCAAUAACAACAGUUACCUCAUCGACGGUGGACUAGGUUACAACAACGGCACGUCACUUGUGAAUCGCACCACGGUCUAUCAUGCUGAUACCAAUGUCUGGGAAUCGUUACCAAUGAACGACACCCAUCAAAUCUCCAUGGGUUCAGCCGUUUUACUAAAUAAGGAUAUUGUCUGGUUCUGGGGCGGAUCUGAUUUAAGCAAUGACAUCCCUUUUGUCUAUCCCAGAGAAUUCAAUGUGGCGACCAAGCGCUGGUCAUCGCACAUAAAUAUCGGUUCAGUAGACAACAGAUCCGCAUGGAUCCAGCAUACCGGUUCGCUUUCCGGAAAUAAUCGCUACAUCUAUUAUAUGGGAGGCGUUACCGUAACCAAUACGACCGUAAUCAAUGAAGACCAUCCCGAAGAACCCAUCUUUAAUGUCACCUCCACCGUGAAUCCAAUGAAUCGCCUUCUCAUGCUCGAUACUGUGCAACAAAAUUGGACAUGGAUGAUCACCAACGGUCCAACCCCUUCUCCACGCAAGUUUCACACCGUAGUCCAACUACCCGAUUCUAAUAAUCUGUUGUUAUAUGGCGGCGUAGCAACGAAUGGAAGUUUGCCGGUUGACGACUUUUGUUACAUAUUGGACACGGCGCGCGCCCGUUGGACACCCGUAUCAUUACCAGUAUCGCGACAAGCGGGACCGCGUUACGGUCAUUCAGCGGUUCUAUACAGUAAUCGGACGCUCUUCAUUAUGUUUGGUGUUGACGAGUUGGGUUACGUAAGAGACGAUUUCUUCAUGAUGGACCUCAACACGAUGACGUGGUCGGAUUAUUUCGUUUCGAUGAAUUCCUCGUCGUCGAAUCCGCAUUCGUCUCAUUCGUGGAACGGACGACUGAGCAAAGGGGCGAUUACAGGGAUUAUUAUGGCGAUUUUCGCUCUGUUCGGUAUCCUUGCCACAUUGUUGAUCUUUUAUUUGUUGCAUAAGAAAACACAACAAGAAAAGGAGGAAUUGCGACAGUCACUUGGCCUAGAAGGAGGCAAGGCCAUGGAUAGCGAAGCCCAUGUAUCAUCACAGGAUCAUUUGACGGCCCCAUUCAAGAUUUAUACCGCGUCUUCCCCCACCAUCGUCAACGGUUCACGUACGCACCAUGACCUCGAUGAACCUCUGAUAGAGCCUGUCAGUGGUACUCUGGUGAAAAGAUCCACUAUUUCAUUUGAUAACGGCCAAAGCUCCUCUUCAAGGCCAUCUUCCCUUAAACCUUCCAGCCGUACCGCGUUGACCUCAUCCGAUGACCAACCAACCUCUUCCGAUAAUACCAAGUCCUCUCUCCUUCCACACCCUCUUCGACUGCGCCUUCCGUAA